AUGCGCGGAUCUCGAAUUUUACAUUCGCCAGCUGUUGUUGUUUAUGCUAUGACAACUUGGGACGUACAAAACAUUGUCAAAUGUGCAACAAAAUUGAAUUAUGUGGUAAAUGCAUUGAGUGGAGGACAUAGCUAUGAAGGGUACAGUUUAGGUUCAGUACCAAAUAAUAUCAUCAUCAACUUCGGAAAACUCAAUCAUAUUCAUUUUAAUGUGCAUGAUAAAAUUGUGAAGAUUGGGCCAGGCGCAAGACUCGGACCGAUAUACUAUAAAUUAUAUCAGAAUGAGAAGCAUACAAUCCCAGGUUCAGUACCAAAUAAUAUCAUCAUCAACUUCGGAAAACUCAAUCAUAUUCAUGUUAAUGUGCAUGAUAAAAUUGUGAAGAUUGGGCCAGGCGCAAGACUCGGACCGAUAUACUAUAAAUUAUAUCAGAAUGAGAAGCAUACAAUCCCAGGUGGAUCUUGUCCAUGGGUCGGAAUUGGUGGUCUAACUCUCGGAGGUGGUUAUGGACUACUUGCUCGAUUGCACGGAUUAUUAGUUGAUCAAGUUGUAGAGAUGAAAGUAGUCAAUGCUCAAGGUGAUCUAUUGGCAAUCAGUACUAGCCAUGAGCCAGACUUAUUUUGGGCUUUACGUGGUGCUGGUGGAGGUUCCUUUGCCAUUGUUACUGAAUUCACGCUUCGAUUAGUUCGAGCCCCAUUAGUAGUGACAAGAUUAAAGGCUGUCUGGCAUCCGAAUGCAACCAAAGCUGUUAUGAAGCGUUAUCAACUAUUGAUGUUUAACGCCCGUCUAUCAAAUUUCAGUAAUAACAUUUUCUUACAGAUGUUAAUCGUGAAAGAACAGAUUGCGAUAUCGAUUACUCAUUAUGGUCCUGAAAUUCGCGAGUUUAACAGAACUGUUUCAUUGAUGCUAGCAACAUUACCAACUCCAAAGACCACUAACACUUAUCAACAAGAUUGGUUAAGUUUCGUUUAUGAUCUGUCAGAUAUUGCCGAUGCUGAUCAUAAUUAUCGAAAACUAUUGCUGGAAAAUGCCACACUUCCAACAUAUGAAUUUAAAUCAAAACAUCUGUAUUUCGAUAAACCGAUUAGUGAUCAUAGUAUCGAUCAAUUAACACGUCAUCUUUCCUUGGGUACCGGUCGACUCCAUCUGGAAUUUAAUCCUUGGGAUGGAUAUAUCAAUACAAUUCCAAUCGAUGCGACAGCAUUUCCUCAUCGCCAGUAUAAAUUUGGUAUUCAAUUCACGGAUUAUUGGAAUCAUACAUGUGACGAGCAACGACAGAUAAAUUGGUUAGAACGAAUCUAUACAUCUGUUCACAAUGAUUCAACGAAACAUUCCUAUAUAAACUAUAUCGACAGAGAUGUUCCUAACUGGAUGGACGUCUAUUACGGUUCUCAUAAACAACGCUUAAGAAAAAUUAAACAGAUAUACGACAAAGAUAAUCGAUUUCAUUUUGAAAGAUCAGUGUUAUAA